GCCAUAAUAUUUAAACAUAUAUAGAUAAAUAUACCCAUAGUGAAAAGAAAAUGUGUAUAAAAUAUAGACGAAUUUAGCCUUAACAAUAGAUUCAAUUAAACAGCAUGUUUUUAAUUUUUGUUAUUCUUAUAAGAAUUCUAACCAAACCAGCGUAUUUCUAAGUUGCUAACGUAGUGAACACCGGCUUUAUGACGCUACAAGUUCGUUUUUUCGUAGACAGUCAAAGUAACGGCACUGUUAUUGAGCAGUGCUGUGAAAUAUCUUUCACACCUUAGUGCUUGAACUUAAAUUUGACGGAGUUGCUGAGGGCGGAAAGUGUAGCAAAGCUAUGACGUCACACGCACAUCUAUUUAUAAAUACUCUAUACGACGGAGCUGCUCUUGGAACGACUGACAGUGAUUUAACAGUGAACUUACAGUUACUUUUAACAGCGGCCUUCAUCACUUUUGAAGGACAAAGCGCGCCACAAUAAAUCGAUGUCUAGCGAACGUUUCCAUAGUUACCAACUGACACAUCGACAGGGCCAAACAUAGUAAAACUAUUUUUUAUUUUCAUUUUUGAGUUCUUUAAGUUUACAUAGAGUCGCAAUAUGGGCAUGCUGCACAAUUUGACGGGCUUGAUCAAAGUCAAAAAGGACAAAAUGACGAUCCUUGUCCUGGGCCUAAAUAACAGUGGCAAAUCGACGAUAAUUAACCAUUUCAAGAAGUCAAACGAACAGUCUGCUAUCAUGGUGCCAACAGUGGGGUUUCUCAUUGAGCAAUUUUACAACAUGGGCGUUUGCAUAAAGGCUAUUGAUAUGUCUGGAGCUACACGUUAUAGAAAUUUAUGGGAGCACCAGUUUAAAAAUUGUCAGGGAAUUAUCUACGUAAUCGAUUCAAGCGAUAGAAUGAGAUUCGUGGUUGUCAAAGAUGAAUUGGAUCUGGUACUGCAGCAUCCCGAUCUGCGUAAUCGAAUAUUACCCAUACUAUUCUAUGGAAACAAAUCGGAUCUAGAGGAUUCACUAUCUAAUGUAAAAAUUGCAGCAGCUUUGGGUUUGGAAAACAUCAAGGACAAACCUUGGCACAUCUGCUCCAGCAACGCCAUUUCCGGGGAAGGUCUAGACGAGGGCAUACAAUGGCUGGUUCAACAAAUCCGUUUCGCAUUAUUAAGCAACAGAAAGGGUAGUAAAAUGAAGAUGGUCUCCAAAGACAUUAAGUAAUCUCGUAUUGCUUCAUUUCGAAUUUCUUUUUUUUUUUUCUGCCUAAUAAUGUAGUUGUACUUUAGGACUCUAGUUAAUAAGUAGUGUAGUAUAUGAAUGAACGUUUAUAUGUGUAUAUAAAUAAUAACUAUCAGAAAUUUUGUGUCAUUAACUUUGAAAUCUGAUGAAAUGCAAUAAAAAUAACUUCGUUUGGUAAGCCAAAGAGAUAUGGACGUUAUGUAA